AUGGGUCUCAAUGUUGGCCAGGCCAUCGGCAUCGGCGUUGUUGCCGGCUUUGUCGGAGCCUUGAUUCUCGUCUGGUUCAUUCCUAGGACUCCCACCAUCCAAAUCGUCCAGGACGGAGAGCCUGUGCAUACCUGGCCGGAGAUUCCACAACACCUGCGAGAAAUGAACCGGCGGGAAGCAGACCCCAGGAUUGAUUCAGUGAGACGGUUCGGUUUUCGUAUGAUCCCUUUGAUGAGCGUUCCGCAAAUCGCAGAAGCCGUCGAAUUCGAACGCUCCAUCGAUAGAUUUGUCGGGAUGUGCCUCAAGGCCCCCUUCCAACCACAGCCGCCUGUUCCAGAGUCUCUCUUCGACGAAAACGAACUCGUCCGCCUCGCCGGGAAGCCUAUCAAUGGCGGAACCUGGUCCGCGUCCAUCUCCAACACAGCUACACGAGCAUCGGCAGUGAAAUGCUUCCUGGCACAGUUUGUCUUCAAGCGCAUGCACCCAAAUUGUCCUCCCCAAGACUGCCUGCUACCCCCGGAGAUCGCUAGCUGCUACCAACUCAUAAACGUCCCUCAUGACAACCCAGGCAGUAAGUUAAAACUCGACUAUAAGAACAGAAUCCAGGUUAAUAAGAGCGCAGGAGAUGAUUUGAUUGGUAUUUGGCGUGAACUCUUGUUCCUUCUACUGCUGGACCCCUUUACCCUACUCCCGCUCCCACCCCGUUGGUUUGAGGAGGGUGACCCAAGGGAGGAAAGAACGCUCGCCAUGGUUCCCGUCAUUAUCGAUGUCCUGCACCUGGAGUCCCUCAGAAACGAUCGGGUACGGCAGGAGGAGGAUACGAUCGAGAGGUGCAUCACAGGAAUCCUUGAGACGUCUGCCAACAGCGCCCUUCAUCUUCUGGCUCAACCCUCUGAGUGGGAGGCUGUGUGGGAGGCAAACGAGCCUGGGUUUAUUGUCUUUCCCGAGAUUCGCCUUGUUUGGAAUGGCUACACCAAGUUUUCGAAGCCUGCUGUGGUGGACGUCGAUACUGUCCGGCCGAUACCCUCAGACGAUAAUCGACAGGCGGGCGACAAUAAACAUGCAGACGAUAACCAAUAUCCAGAAGCCGGUGCCCCUGAACAGCCAAAUCUUGACACCGAGAAGCUGCCCAGUCUCGAGGAUGGCCAAUCUCUGACUCAAGGGAUCGGCCAGGAGUCUGGUCCAAGCACCGCGAACCGGUGA